UUUAAACAAAAAAACCCCUAAAAGAAAUUUAAUAAAAUUUCAUUAUAAUAAAAAUAGAAAAAAAUAUAUAUAAUAGCCCUGUGGAUUACCUAUAUUAUAUAUAUUUUUAAUUAAAAUAAUACAAAACAAGCUUGGAUUACCAGUGCCAAUUAUUACGAAAAAAAGCAAGAAAAACCCAACAAAUCAUAACAAAAUCUUAAAAUAACCUCAACAAAAAAAGCUAAAUAUUAAAAUCUAACCUCAAAAUAUAAAAAUUAUCAAAACAAAAAAAAAAAAAAAAAAGCAAAAGAAAAGUUUUCAAAAUUUGCUUAAAAAAAUGUGUUUAUUUUAGCAAAAUUAACUAAGUGCUAGUGCUUUAAACGCAAAACGCUUAAACUUAAAAUAAAAUUUAAAGAAAAAAAGGAUUUUUAUCCUUUUUUUUACUUAAAUCAAAACAUAAAAAGUUUAAAAACAACUAAAACAACAACAUGACUAUGGCUGCUUGUUAUGCCAACUAUGAUAUGGCCUCCUUGGCCAGUCAUACUUUGGCUCAAACACAAUCAGCAGCACUCAUGCAACAUCACCAACAGCAGCAGCAGCAACAACAACAGCUUUAUCACCAGCAGCAACAGCAUCAUCAGCAACAACAUGCCUAUCACCACAACACACAUCAACAAACUAGCAGUAGAAUGUCAUCAUUGGCGGCGUCGGCUAAUCAAAAUUCACUGAGCUCCAAUAGCUCAGCAGUGGCCGCCGCCGCCGCUUUGCUUAAUUCGUCUACAGCUGCCGCCACCAACUCCACCAACACCUCUUCAAAUACAGCAGCCGUAUCAACGGCCAGCCAACAACAACGUAACCAAAAUGCCUCUGUAACAGCUUUAACACCCGCCUCACAACAACUAAAUAAUGCCGUUGCUCAAACAACGACGGCCAAAGAUUAUUCCAUACCGCUGCAUGUAGAUUGUAGUGUGGAAUAUGAAUUGCCCAAUCAGCCUAAGCCACCGGCUGGACAAAGGGUUGAGCCUUUGCUAAUGAUACAUCCUUGCUAUUUUCGCAAAAUGGAAUCUCAAAGACGCAGUCCUUUUGUUAAUAACAUGCCUACGGCGGCGGCUGCCCGUAAUACUGCAGCUUUGGCCGGUACGCAAACACUCACAAACACACCACAAAAUGUGGCCUCUUCCUCUAGAAGAAGCCGCCAAACUCAGGUUAUACAACAGCAACAGCAGCAACAACAACAGCAACAACAACAACAGCAGCAACAUCACCAGCAGCAGCAAAGACAAGCUGUGGUGGCUGCUCAACAAUAUCAGCAACACUUGCAGCAGCAACAACUCAGGCAUAAUCAUCAACAACAGCAGCAACAACAGUCGCAGCAAAUGUCACAAAUGUCUCAGCAGGCUCACUAUCCGGUACAGCAUCAUAUGCAACAACAGCAACAAACCGCCAACACCAGCAACUCCUCCUCCUCGAAUAAUGCCUCUUCCUCCUCCUCCACUUAUUUAAGGUCUAACCAAAGAUCCUCCUCACAACAACAACAAAACCCACAAAGAACAAGCCAAAGUCACCUAUUAGUACAACAACAACAGCAGCAGCAAUCACAGCAAUGGGAUCAUUUGGCAGCAGCUGCUAUAGCCAGCCGGACAGCCAUGACACCAGCAGCGGCCUAUAGCAGCAGCAACAGCAACCAAAAGGCUCAAAAUGGCAAUGUGGGCAAACGGGAUGCCAUGAUCUCCGGCAGUGGUAUCUAUGGCAGCAAAUCUCAGCAGCAGCAACUAUUGUGGAAUUCUUCGGGACAACAAGCGGAUAACAUUAACACCUCCGCCGCCACAGCGGCCACCUCGGCGGCAAAUGCUUUAAGCAAUUCCCAAGCCAAUAUAACAAGUCUUAUGAUGGAUCGCAGUCCUAUGGCUACAGUUCCUAGUAAUUAUCAGGCUGGUCCUGAGGCCACGCCCCUACUAAACCAAAGUUCAAAUAACAGUAACCAACGUAACAACAACAACACUACCGCCACCAGCCAUUACUCAACAGCCACAAAUACAAAUACUGCUUCAGCAGCCGCGGCUGCAGCAGCAGCUGCUGCGGCGGCGGCCACCCUAACCAGCCAUCAUCAUCAUCAUCAACAACAUCAGCAUGCGGCUGCUGCUAUGGCAGCCGCUGCUCAUCAUCACUCCCAACAACAUUAUCCCGAUAAAAUAAGUGGCAAAUAUCGCCAAUAUCUAAGAUCUCAGCGUAUGCAUCCCUAUUUAGCGGCAGCCACUUCAAGUGCUGCUGCCGUAGCAGCGGCCGCUAAUUUACAACAAAGUUUUCCACAAUUUACUGCUGCCACAGCAGCGGCGGCUGCUGUAGCCGCUACACCAUCAUUCCAACAUUUGCAACAAAUAUCCUGUUAUAAUGUGUGAUAAAAAAAUUUAAUUAAAAAUUCUUUAAAAUAACAAAAAAAAAAUCCAAAGAAAUUUUGAAAUUUAUAAAACAAAAAAAUAAAAAAAAACGGCAGCAUAAAAGUGAUAAAAAAUUAAAUAAAAAUAAAAUAAAACAAAAAGAAUAAUUAGCGGUAAAUAAAGAAGGCAAGAGGAAAAAGAAAAGAGGCAAAGAGUAAGUUUACAAAAGAAAAGGAGUUUGUUUGGGUAUUUUUUUUGUUGGUUAAAGGCAAAGAAGAGUAUACGUAACAGCAAUGAUAGCAAAAACAAGUUUAAAAAAGAACAACAACAACAACAAAAUUAAGUAAUUAACUAGCCAUAGUCAUAGAUUAAAAAGAACUCAAGGAUUAAUAACAAACCAAACAACUCCUUUUUAAUAACUAACUCUAGGAGUAAAAGCAGAGGCAAAACCGAAACAAAAACAAAAACAAAUAGGAGACUUGUUUAUUUUUAAUUUCAUAUAUUUUUUUUUAAUAAUUGAGUUGUUGUAAUGCUUUAAUAAAAACAAAUUAACUGCUAAAAUAAAUCUAAAGAAAAAAACAACAAAAACAAAUUCUAAUAAUAAACUAAUUUACUCUCAAAACUACAUUAAUAUCUACACUCUUUGUUAACAACAUAAAACUAUAAAUGAAA